AGUUUCGGAAUUUACGUGCAGUACAGUUGUUUGUUUGGUAACGUGUGUAUGUUAGUAAGGUCUUUGAGUAAAAUAUCGAAUAUAUACUGUUUACAAGUAAGAUAAACACCACAAAGUGUGAAUCCAAGAUAUAUGAUGUGGGAAGAUUCGUAACAAAUGUAAUAUUUUGUGCUCCAGGACACUGUGCUUGUUAUGUUUUAAAGAUGGCUUCGACAGAGCAGUUGGGACCGAAUAAAACGUGGGAACUUUCAUUGUACGAGCUUCACAGAACACCACAAGAUGCGAUAACUGAUAACACUGAAAUAGCUGUAUCUCCGAGAAGUUUGCAUAGUGAAUUAAUGUGCCCUAUAUGUUUGGACAUGCUAAAGAAGACAAUGACAACAAAAGAGUGUUUACAUAGGUUUUGUUCUGACUGUAUCAUAACAGCAUUAAGAUCUGGCAAUAAGGAAUGCCCUACGUGCAGGAAGAAACUCGUGUCGAAGCGUUCGUUGAGACCAGAUCCAAAUUUUGAUUUACUCAUUCAAAAAAUUUAUCCUAGUCGUGAUGAAUACGAAGCUCAUCAAGAGAGGGUGUUGGCAAAAUUGAGCAAGAGCCAUAGCCAGGCGGCGCUUGUGAAUUCGAUAAACGAGGGAAUCAAGUCGCAGUCACAGAACAGGCCCCAGCGAUCACGUAAGGCGGCAAAUGAGUCUGACACUGCACCAGGUGGGACACCGAAUGCGAGCGCCCCGACGACGCCAACGCAUCAAGACGCCGGGGCGCCGAGACCGAUAACGCCACCUGCAAGCGAACCUACACCUCCAGCGGUACCGCCCCCACCCCAACAGCCGCAACCGCCCCCGCCAAGCCCAACUCUUUCCAACAAAUCCACCAAACGUCUUAAAUCUGUCCCUAACUCCGAAAACGAGUCCGCGGGAUCAAGUGUGGAGGCUGGCGGACACGAGUCGUCUGUAGGAGAGGUUGAUGCCGCGGAACCAGCAAUGUUAAACGAAGUUGAAAUUAUUUUCAAACCACAUCCCACCGAGAUGCUGGGGGAGCAGGUGCUUAUCAAGGCACUGAAGGACAACUCUGUGCGGUACAUCAAGACAACAGCCAACGCCACAGUUGACCAUCUCGGCAAGUAUUUGGCAAUGCGGCUGACACUUGAUCUGGAGGCAGAGGUACCUGAGCCACUCCGUCUUUUGAACUUCUGCAUUUAUAUAGCAUCAGCGCCUGGUCAGCUUAUUGUCUUGAGUGGCACACAGACACUGCGACAAGUCAAUGACAAGUUCUGGAAGAUCAACAAACCGUUGGAAAUGUUCUACUCCUGGAAGAGGUCCUAGGGGCAGGGCCAGGAUCGCUGACCGGCGGUCUCGAACAGAUCGUGAAGGUGAUCCGUGUUAUGCUAGACUAUUGGAACAACUGAUCCACUGAAAGACAGCAUUAUUAUUUUUCACAUGAAAUUUGUUGUUUUGAGUUAUGAGUAACUCAAAAAUCACAUUCUGAGUUGUUCACCUUUUGUUGAUGUAAAGAGAUAUAUUUGAUCUGAGAUAUAUUUAUGAGGAAGUGUAAUAUGAAACAGUAGAUCAUGUUCAAAGAAAUGUAUACUUUUGUGCCUUACUUCCCCUUUUCUGUUGUUGUUUAUGUAUCAGAUUCUGAGAGACAGUAUUAUGUUUCAUGGACAGUAUGUUACCAUGACAAAAACUGAGGAGAACGUGUAUAAGAGUACUUUGCAUGAUGCUCUUGUCUAAUAAACUUGACCUUUAUACAGACAUAUAGAUGAAAAACUAUGUUGGGUCUGAAUAUUGUGAUGUAAUUUAUGAAAACAUGAUGCAGCUUCUUUUUGAAGAUGCAGUGUUGAGGUAAAAUCUUUUGGAAAGUAAUGCAGAAUAUUUUAUUUUCACGUAAUUGUCGACUUGAAAACCACCUUAAAGUUGACAAUGAUAACUAUGCAAAACAGCAAUGUACAUUUUGGUGUAGUGUCUGUUGCACUACAAAUCGGCUGUUUCUCUAAAAAUUUCACUGUUUACAUACAAGUGAAUUUCAAGUGCUUCAUUUUACUGUUUGGGUGAGAGAGAAAGUGUUUGUGUGUGUGUGUGUGUGUGUGUGUGUGUGUGUGAGAGAGAGAGAGAGAGAGAGAGAGAGAGAGAGAGAGAGAGAGAGGGAGUGAGUAUGUGUGCCUACUGUUGGAGAGAGGGAAAGUUGUGCAAAUUGUAGCCUGUGACAUGGAGAUAAUGCUCGUAAGUUCCAAAAAAAUUGAAAUUGAAAUAGGGCUUUCUUUGCAGCAUGGAUGACAAACUAGUGAUGGUAACGAGAGAAUGAAAGUUUGUAUAUUGAAUCUAGGAAGAGAAACAAUUUAUGACAGUUUUUCAUCUUUUUUUGUGUGCAGUAACUAAAUUAAGUGUAAUACUGAGUGUUUGAAAACAUAAUUGUAUGUGAUAUUUUGAAGCACAUAACUGUGUUUAGCACAAAUUCAGAGGAUCAAACUGUAAAUCAGAGUGACAUGUAAUGAGCUUAUAUGUCGUCAAGUGCCUCACAAAUGUUUUGUUUUUUAACCACAAACUGCAGUGCAGAAUGUGAUAUGUAAACAUGCUGCAAUCUAUUGCUAUUGAGGACAAUUGCAGCGAGGCUAGUUUAAUGUACAGUACAAUAAAUGCAAAUUAUGAAGCAUAAUUAUCACAGAAAAAUACCAAGAUUUACAACUGAAACUUUUGUCUUGGUGUAUGACAUUCAUGCUCUUUUUGCUGGAUGAUUUUAAUACAGAGGUAAUCAUUAGUUGUAUUGAACUUGUAACAAUGCUUUUUCCAAAUUUUACCUGUUUUAUCACCAUCCGCCUGCUAUAGUGUAUUAUCAGAAAGAAUACACUACAAAUAUUUUGUGUACUAGUCAAUUGGUUGCAUUGUAACAGUAAGCUGUAAUUUUGAAACAGUGUAUGUAGAUACUGCAGAAAUUGUCAAAUUGCAGCAUUAUUGAAUUUUGUGUAAUGUUGUGAAGAUAUUAAAGAAAUUGCGUCAGGGACAUCUCAGUAUGCCAUCAUCAUUAGAGAGAGAGAGACUGGUCUUAUUAUUACUGUCCUAACAGCAACACUUUGGUUUUGGUGUGGACUUCUCACCAGAAUAGUGGAAAAUUCACUUCAGAUGGUAACAACAGUAUAGUUGUUACAUGCUGUUGUGUCUGGCCAAUUUUAUAUUUAAUUUCAUCUGGAAUAAAGACUUCAUUCAAGUUUAAUCUUGUGUCUGUCAGUUCUAUUACUAUGUCUUUUUCAAUUAAUGUUAGCUCUCUCAGUGACUGGUUCAACAGUAGGGAUGUGUUCGCUCUCCAGAAGGUAAUCACUAACUUGUCAUCAGUAAUACUAAAAGUUGUUCUAUUAUAUCUUUUGAAAAGAAUUAAGUUUUCUAAUAACUAUGCAGGAUAGUUUCAAAAUAGAACAAGCUUGAACAGAUACUUCCUAAACCGUAUUUUUAUAUAUACUUUCAGUAACAAGUACUUAAUUUCAUGCUGUUUGCAGCUUAUCGGAAUCUGUCAUUUUAAUUAUCACCUUGUGGUGUGAUUGUAAUGCUAUAAGUAUGAAAGUAGUGUCUUUCAACAUGCAUUGCAUAUGAUUUACGCUUGAGUGAAGCUGUUAUUAUGUGAACAGAAAAUAAAACAAUAUUGUUCUUCUUCA